GGACGCAUCUCACCUCCCAAGGGCCCGGCCCAGGAACCCAGACUAGACGCUUAGCAAAGAUGGGUUUCUGCCUCUUCGAUUUAUGGUGUUGAGAAGGCAACCGCCAGGGGGCGAGCUGGCCCCGGCGGAGGGCGCCAUCCUACCUCACAGCGCGCAGGGACCGGCUCUUCGUCACGACCCGCCCCAGCCCCGCCCGAGCGCUUCUGGAGAAAGGGGUGGCGCUUGUGUUCCGAGUGUGGGCGGGAGUUGCCGAGGGUCUUCGGGGAGUUUUGACUGGGAACUCCGUAGGCUCCGGAGAGAGGAAGAAGUAACCGGGGAGCGCCGGAAGUUGCGGAGCCGCAGUCCCCGCGCGCUCGCGGGUGGCGCGCGGUGCCGGUUGCCAUGGAGCCGGCCGGGCCCUGCGUUUUCUGCCCGGCCGGGGAGGCCCGGGCGGCGCGCUACACCUGCCCGCGCUGUAAUGUGCCCUACUGCUCACUGCGCUGCUACCGGGCGCAUGGCACCUGUGCCGAAGGCUUCUACCGUGACCAGGUGCUGGGAGAGCUCCGCGGCCGCAGCGCCUCUCCCAGCCGCCUAGCCAGCGCCCUCCGCCGCCUGCGUCAGCAACGCGAGACCGAGGACGAGCCGCAGGACGCAGGCCUCAGACCUGGCCCGGCCCCCGGCGGCCUGGUAGGACUCUGGGAGCGGCUAGCCCCGGCCGAGAAGGCGGCCUUCGAGCGGCUGCUGAACCGUGGCGAGGCCGGGCGGCUGCUGCCCCCGUGGCGGCCGUGGUGGUGGGGUCGCGGGGCCGGGCCACGACUUCUAGAGGAGCUGGAUGGUACCCCGGGCGGUGAGGCUGGGGAGCUGGAGCCCGCCCCUGUGACAGCGCCACCUGGACCCGCGAAAGAUGCCGCUGCCUCGGAGGAGAGCGAUCUCGGAGACGCUCUGGGGGCCUGCACGCCCGCCGUGCCCACCCAGAUCCCCACGCUGGCCAGCCUGAGCCGCGGCCGGGCCUCGCCGCUCGUAUGCUUCCAGCUGCCCAACGUGCUGUUCGCUUAUGCACACACUCUUGCCCUGUAUCACGGCGGCGACGACGCGCUGCUCUCCGACUUCUGUGCCACGCUGCUCGGCGUUUCCGGGGCCCUGGGCGCCCAGCAAGUCUUUGCCUCUGCCGAAGAAGCCCUGCUAGCCGCAGCUCACGUGCUGGAAGGGGGCGAGCAUCCACCCGGGCCCCUGGGCACAUGGGGUGCCAUGCGCGAGGCCGCUCGCAUCCUGCUGGGUGAGGGCCCUGCCGACCGGAAGGGCUACACGCUGGCAGCACUGGGGCACCUGGCGCAGACCCUGGGCCGGGCCCGAAAACAGGCCGAGACCACUGAAGAGCGAGGUCGCCUCUACCGGGCCCGGAAGAAGUGCCAGUUCCUGCUGGCUUGGACCAACGAAAAUGAGGUGGCCCUCCCAGCCCUGGCUCUGGAUUGUGCCAGGGCCCACCGGGCGCACACGGUAGCAGCCGAGGAGGUGGCAGCCCUCACCGGGGAGCUGGAGCGGCUGUGGGGAGGUCCCCUGCCACCUGCCCCAAGGACUCUCAUUGAGGAGCUGCCUGGCUGAGCUGUGCACCUCAUCAAUAAAGCCGUGGCUUCUCCGCCCUGUCA